AGCCGUUAGGUGAUCACACACGGCGCGUGGACUCUGAGUAGAGAGUAAACUGUGGUGAAGUGCUGGUACACCUACCUUGCAGGAAACCCGAACAGGACAAAUCGUUUUGUGACGUCGUCGUUCUUUUUUGCUUUUUUUUCUUUCACCCUUGCUUACUCAGAGGUUCUGAUUGAUCGAGCGAAUCGGUGUGUCCGGCUUGUUGUGGGCUCCAGUUUUGGGGAUAUUCCGGAAGGUGAACUGGGGACUCCCGUGAUUCUGGAUAUCGAACGUACCUACGUACUGUUGUUUACUGAAGAAAGUUUCGCGAUCAUAUGCGGCGGUGUAAAGUUAGCCCUGCCAGAGGAAGUGAUUUUGGGUUCUAGCGCUGGCUAAAUCAAUUCGAACCAACUUUUGUGCAAUAGAAUCUGUCCGGUUGGCAGAAUGACGUUUCGAAGAAAGAGUGUUCUUCCUCAAGGUGUUUUCGCGAUCGAAACCGACGGGUGAUAGAUGAGGAGACGUGCUGUGACAGCUGAAUACUAGUGGAAAUUUUGCAAAGUAAAAGUGGUGUCUAAACUAUGUUUGGAAUUUAAAGAAUGAAAAAUAAAUACAAUUAAACAAGUUUAAAAGCUGAAUUAUUCUAUCGAAGGGAAAAAGUGAGCAACUGUCAGCAGUUUUGCUAGAGUGACCAACUAACUCGGCAGGCGUGGAUCGGAUCUCGAGUGGUUGACAGAACCGACAGUGACAAAAACGGAAGAAAGGGUUACGCAAAAGGAAACCAGUUCCAAGUAAAAGGAAAAGUGAGAAAUCCAUCAUCGGAAUUCUUCAUCAAAAGUAUCGCCAAGGGACCGCCGAGCUGAAGUCCAUCAUAAGAAGCGUGAUCCCCUUCCGCAAUGGCCACAUCCAUCCACCCGACCGAACCGUGAACAGCGCUGGAACAUCGCGUAUGCUGGCAGCACUGCUAAAUUCGUCAACAAUCCCUACACGAGUCCAAUCCGUUCAUCCUGAGGUGGCCAGUAGCGCAGCGACGGCGGUGGUGGUAGCAAACAGAACACAUUCCCACCAUUCACAACCAUCAACCUUCAAGUUUCGCUUUGUCCGGCGAUUUCCAGAUCUCCUUCAUAGUCAUCGUCAUCUGCAGCAUCACCAUCUUUAGUCCGUUUGUUCUCAAACGAAUUGCGACUUCUUGGAGCUUUUUGGCAGCUGGGCAGUACGUAAAACGCGACCGUGUAAAUGCUUGAAGUUACGAUGCUGACGCUGCAUUAUCACAAACACGGCGAGUGCAUACUCCAGGAAAUUGGUGCAGCAUUCCGGGGCGAGCAUGCAACAGACCUCCUGCUCAUCUGCGAUGGCAAUCAAACGUUUCGUGCCCACAAGCUGGUACUGGCAGCGGCCAGUCCACUCAUCCGAAUGAUCCUGGAGGAAACGCCCGUUCUGGAUGGUAUCACGACAGUAUACUUCCCGGGUGUUCAAGUGUACUACUUUCGGCUGCUGCUAGACUUUCUCUAUUCCGGCCAGGUGUAUGUGCGGUCCGUUGACGAGUAUCACCACCUCCAAGGUCUGCUAGCGCUGUUGCAAAUCAAGGCCAGUAUAUGGAAGAAAAGUGACGGCUCCAACGACAAUGAUUCACGAAAGUGCGAACCGCUCGUGGACAUCAAUCGCAACGAAGGGAUCGUGUCCAGCCAUCACUCUCGGCGGCGUUCCCGGAGCCAGGAUUCGCUGUCCGGUGACAGCACUAAUCCGAAGGUCAGUGUCAAAAGCGAACGCAAUUCGGGUAGCUCCGAAGACGGCGACCGCGAUGACAACGAGUUUCUGGAUGAGGUGGACGAGGCAAUCAUCAAGAGCAACAACAACCUGCAGCACCAUCAGAUCAGCAGACAUGACGGGGACGAUGACGCGGGAGGUGGGAGUGGGAAUGAAAGAAGUGAACCAGGCGGGGGUGAGCGACGAGAGGCUAGAGCUGGUUCGACGACCGAGGAAAGCGCCGAUCGGCCAACGCUGACAAAUUUGAGCGGAGGCAGUACCGGCGGAUGCGCUGGCAGCUGUCGUCGAAGUGGGAGUGGCGAACGAGACCCGGAGGACGACGAGGAUUACGAGCUGGAUGUUGAAGAUCGUGAAGGCGAGGAUGCGGACAGUGCGGAACGACGGGAACGGAGGGCCGACUCGGCAGUGAAUCGACGAAGAAGCUCUUCAGAUCCGGUCAACUUGUCGAUCGUGAAGACCCAGGACGCCGAUUCGGAUGACGCAAACAUUGACGUGGAAACGAUAGGAAACGCUCCGACCAAAAAUCUACUACCGCCCCGAUACCUUGACCCGUUUCGCAGUAAGCGAAAAGCGUACUACAUGCACCCGGAUGCCGAAAUACCGGACGCCGAAACUCCCGACACGGAAACACCGGACAAUUAUGUGGUGACACGACGGCCCACUACCACGUGGCGAAAACGUCGGCCAGGUUUCCACAAUUCGCCCGCCCAGAAUCCGCCCUUCGUACCGAGCUAUCUCGGCUUGGAUGACUUGAGGACACGGAAGUGUUUCCUGCCCGCUCCGCCCACGUACCUGCCUGACGUCCGGCCAGGUUCCCCGAACUCCCAACGGUCCGGCGACAUUAGUCUUGCCGGCGGCAACCAUGUCAGCAACAACAAUAACAACAACAACCGGAUACGUCCUCCGAGCACCGAUAACAAAUUGGCGGUAGCUCCUUUCGUGUAUCCGUGGCCUACGGCUGCGCUUGCUGGUCUACCGGGAGGCCCCGGUGAUCUCUUAGGGCUGCAGUACGUCCAUGGCGGACCAAAUGCGGAAACAAGUCCGGCAGAGCUGAUCCAGCAAAUGAAGAACUUCGAGAACAGUCAGGCAGAGCUGAAUGCUCGGUCUGGAAACAGCGGUUGUGGAGGAGGUGCUGGGGCAGGUGGCGGUAAUGGAUCCGGAGGAGUCGCCGGUGGCGGCAAUAUGAGCGGAAACACUGCUGUGCGGGAAUACCGCUGCGAAUAUUGUGGGAAAACUUUCGGUAUGAGUUGGAAUUUGAAAACCCACCUGCGCGUUCACACCGGAGAGAAACCGUUCGCAUGUCGACUCUGUGUGGCAAUGUUCAAACAGAAAGCCCAUCUGCUGAAGCAUCUCUGUUCGGUGCAUCGGAACAUCAUCAACGCACCGGAGGCAGGCGGCCGGUACACCUGCUGCUUCUGUACGCUGUACUUUGAGACGCUGCAGGAGCUGGUGCGACAUCUGUCCGGGCAUCAUAACAAUUUACUACUUAGUAAGAACCUCCACGAAUGAUACCAGCUGAUGCUGGAUUUGGAUUACUAUUACUGCUAUCGGUUGGAGAUGUACACCACCCGUUUGUAAGAUAUAUGAAGUUGGAAAUUGUGAUAGAAUACAAACCGUGAAUUCACGCUGGAGUGCUAGCCGUGGAAUGUCACGGCGAAAAACUGUGCAGCAUCCACGAGUAAGCUUCGAAUUUAUUACGCGAAACAAACAAAACUGUGACCUAACCUCUGUAACAGACGCCAUCACUGUUCGUUUUUUGGAUACUCGAGUAUACGCAUACAUACUACUAGACAGCAGAAACCACUCCAAUAUUCAUCCCCCUAGAACAAAGAUAUCCGCAAGCUAGAAGACACUCUUUCCCCCCUUUGAGGAUUUUUUUCUCACCGAAAGAGAUUAUUUACCACACAAUAGUCUACGCGUGAGUGAUUGAUGGUGAUGGCAUUUCCAAAGCGCAAAAAGCGUUUAACUGUUUGUUAAUAUUAUUUUUUUUUGCUUCGUUUAAUAAUAUUUUGUUGUAAAACAAAACAAAAAUUGCACCAUUUGUUAAUUUAAAACAUCUUACAAGCACACGAAAACAAGCAAAAAGCAAUAUCUAAGAUUAAGUCUUUUAUUGUGAAAAGAGCAGUAACUUAUUGUUGUUAGAACCUAUGGUGAUACACAGAACCAACCACCUCACUCAGAUUACCAAUAGAAACCGAUACAAGUCACGUAGAACACAAAUAUCUACCAGAACCCUCCAGAAAAGCACACACACAAACACACAUACAACCAUUUAAGAAAAAAACACUCUACGAACAGCACACUUAGGUUAAGCCUACGUUUGAUCUAAUUAAUUUAUUUCAGUUUCAUCCACACCAACAAACAAGUAAACAAAUGACACGUGCAGCAAUGGCAAUAGAGCAAGGUUAUGUUUUAGUAGGUAGCUUGCAUGGGCAGCCUACUGCGAUCGCUGAUUCAGCGAUUCUGCACGAGAAAACGACAGAAAAGCUGCGCGCGCAGUGGGGCGGAAAUGUAGUCGCAUUUAAACUGAGACGGCACUGUGGACGGAAACAACAGAACGGUCUCUGAUACGACUGAUUAUUAGCGAAUUCGUAUAUUAGGGAACUUUUCACUUUUUACCGGUACGUCAAGAUUUGUCAAUUAUUCGAGUAAGCUAACUAAGCGCUGGUUAUAAUUUGUGUUCUAAUAAUUCGUCACAAAUUUGCUGCUGAUUCGCGAUACUUUAUCUGUACUUUUUUAAUAACCGUGUUGCACUAUAGAACACAAAAAUUCAAUUACUAUCACAGUCAUAAUUUAAUUCAGCUCUAUCGAAUUGUUUAUGACAGUUCCCCUGGUGUUGCACUCAAUGUUGCACGCAAGCAUUUUUCGAUUUGAUCGAAAAUCGACUAAUUGACACCUUGUUAACAAUCGAGCGUUACCUGUUUUUUGUUUAUUGUAAAAUUAGCUGACUAUCGAAAACACUACUUUAUAUAACCUUUAAAAACCAACUAUAGAUCCGAUUUUGCUAAAUGUGUGUACAAAUAUUGAACAACUUCUGUUCCAUUUCAAUUUCUCUGAACUCUUUCACCGCCUCCUCUAUUUCAAUACUCAUCACUAAGUUUUGUAUGGCAUUUUAAACAUGUUAAUUCAGUUUUUUAUUUUUUUAUUUUAAUAUACAUGGAUUUUUCUAAAAAUUUAUUUCAUUUGUGGAAGGUUAUUGAUGUUUUCACAAAUACACCACAAAUAAAUCAUACGAUAUUUAAAUUUUAUUUGAAUCAUAUUUAAAAUAUUCUAAAUGCUAAAAGCUUGCGUAACACAAUUUUUCAUGAAAACAUGAUUUCAUUCUUUUUUCUACCAUUUCAUCAUUACAGUUGCAAUAUUAUCGUCCAUGUUCCCUGAAUGAAUAAUAUACCAAGGAGUUUGAAAAUGAAAGCGGACUUCAGUGCAAGCGGGUUCAGGUUAACCCUAGGCCGGGUUGAUAAACGAAUUCGCUGUAACUAUGUACUAUGUAUGUGGUCCCCGUGGCUCUGUGGUUAGCGAUGUCGGUCGGCUAGCUCUCCCACUCUCCCCCUUGUGAUAUCGGGUUCGAUUCCCGAUCGAGUCAAGGAACUUUUCGAGCUGGAAAUUUUCUCGACUCAGCAUGGGGCACGGUGUAUCGUGUAGGAUAAGUACCCUACACAUGCAAAAUGUGCUAAAAACAAUAUCGAUAACGAAUUCUCUCAACUAUAAUCUAGUUGAUCGAGACCGCUAUUAGCCCCAAGGCUAAGCGUGCGUUAUUGUUAUGUCUAUGUAUUUGUAAAAGAAGGAUAAGAUUCUUUUAAUCAAGUUCUACUUAAUUGGCUUACAUUAAAACUUGUUUUUCUUCUUCUGCGUGAACACAACCAGUCGUAUCACUAGACCCGCGAUGCUGUUCUUCCCGACACGAUUCGUGCUACCGGCAGUAUGUCAGAUUUAUACUCAAACCACUUAAUCAUACUGAAGCUGACACGCGAACGAACUCACUUACGACGUACUACAUUCAAUUAGUUUGAAAGGUAGACCGCAAAAUUGAGACAUCGUGAUGACUAAUCCUCAUAAAGUCUAAGUAUAAUAAUACAACUAACGAAUAAAAGCAACAAAACAUGUGAAUAAACAAGCGAUACUUUAAAAUAUAUAGUAAACCAAUGGUACAAAUUACAAUUGUAGUGAAGCACAAAAAGAGAGAAAACCAUUAACGACAUAUUAAAGUAAUUCAUAUAAUAAAAAAUUGACACCUAACUGAAAAAAAGUAAAAUAAAUUAACACAAAUCAACCAGAGAACCACAAAAUCUCACAAUCAUUCCGUUCGCUGUAGGUAGAUGUUUUUUAACCCGUAUCCUUUUACCCUUAUCAGCAAAAGCUUAUUUGUUUAAGCAGAGAUUUGGUUAAGUGUCAAACCCGUUUUUUUGCAGUGUUCCAAACAAAAACUACAAAUUGAUUACUUAAUCGCGGUGCGUAUAUUCCAAAUUACCGGAAGUUGUCAAAAGCCUACCCUAAAAAAUAACUAAUGUACUCAACCGACCCUGUCGUGUCGAUCUUACUUCCACCUAGGCUAUUUCACCUAUGAUUAAUAUCUUAACGUCCAAUCAUCGGUACUUGCGCUGCAUUGGAGAAACAGACCCCCCUCUAGAUGGAGGGAGUCCCCUUAAAACGAGAAAUAAAAACAAACACGUGGAGCCGAAAACGGUCUCCCCCAGAACCAGUAGGAAAUAUUAUAUUUACUUCUUAGUUGUUCCAAAUAAGCGAAAAAAAACAAAAUUGAAACAAAAAUGCGAAACCACAAAUGCAAUUAUUGUGCAGCUUUUUUCCAUUUAUAGUGUGUAGCAAAGCAUAGUUGUAAAUUUUGAUCCACCCAAUACUUCCCCCUUGAACCCCUCUUCCUGACGUUAUUCCUUUGUUCAUAGUAUAAAUAUUUGCUUCUAGGUGAUAAAACUUGUUCAUAUACAUACAUAUAAAUAUAUGUUCAGAAUAUCUAUUUUUCGUGUACAUAUAGUGAUUUAAUAUUUAAUAAAUUAAAAGUUAUGUAAUUGAAUGACGUUCGCCAAACGACACCAUCCUCAACACUGUUGGCGAAAAAAAAACAAAAUCUUCCGCCAGGACGGUAACACUUCGUUCUGCGCGGUCCCGUCUUGGAUAUAUGUAGAGUGUAAAUUUUAUGGCAAAAAACAGCAAAUUCAAACAUACUUAAUUAGGUACGAAAAUCCCUUCCGCGUAAACGUGUAGUGUAUUAUACUAAUGUAUUUCUAGUAGCCGUAACCGAUUACUUAAACCGCGUAAGCUGCAAGCUAAAAAAAAAACAUAGAAGAAGUAGGAUAUCUAGUUUGUUCAGAGUGAGAGAUGAAAAGAGAGAGAGAGAGAGAGAACAAACUCGAAAGCUUAAGUACCCCGAAAAAAGACAACUUGACCACCAAAAAAAAUGAAACAUUCGUUACUAUACCUACUAGGAAUGAUAUCCGAUCCACUUAUAUGAAGGAACAAGUUCUUGUUUUAUUAUUUUACCUGUUUAGUUUGUUCAGUAGUAGAUUGUAGAGUUGUUAGAUUGUAAAGAAAAAAAUAAAUGAGUUUAAAAAAGUGAGAUAGCAGAAGCGUUUGUAUCCUUUCAUCAGUCUGUAAAAACAGGCGAAAAAAAACCCAGCUUCUCUCUCUCACGCACCCACUUCCCGCUGUACGAUCGAAGGUCUCACUUAGUCUGUGUUACAUUUAAUGCAGCCACUUGAUACAAAGUUGUAACACAUUAUGCUGCUACUCUGCAUACCUGCACAUAGCGUAGACAAGCAGAAGAAAGCCGCUAAACUCUGUUGCCAACGGAAUGGCAUUUUUCCACCGAAAAAAAAAAACAAAUAGUCUUUUUGAUCUGUGUAAUUUUACAUGUGUAUGUUGUACGUAGAUGUAUUGUAACACUAUCUUUGCCUAGUUCCCGUAUCCGUGCUACUGUUCCAGUACAGUUCUCUUUCCUCUUAAAAAAACAUAUUCGAUAGAACAAUCAAAAAUAAAACCAUGCAAACAAAAAAUAGAUGACUGAAACAGUCAGAAAAUGGAAUUAUCCUAGCCUAAAACAAGCGUGAAAUUCGUCUCGAACGUUCUGCGUAGGAAUUACAAUUAGGCAACGAACAAAACAAAACAAGGAAAACUUCCAACCUUUUCGAGGCCCUAGUGUAUGCAAGCGUCAGCACAAAAGUGAGCGAGUUCGAUGUGACAAUGGAGAGUUAGUGGCAGAA